ACGGUUUGUAAGUGCAAUAUUUCCCACCUGCGGCUCAGCCUUGAAUUUAUUUCUGUAAAUUAUUUCCAAAAUCUCGAGAAUCGCAUUCGCAUCUCCUACUCCAUCUUCCACCGUGUCUCGCUUUCCCUAUAGAUUACUUCUCGCGCUCUCUCGAGUGCCCACCUUUGUUGUUAAGUCCGAAGCCAGGUACUCCUCGCUCGCACACCACCCGACUCCUCACCCCACCCGCAUGUCAAACAGCGAUCCCUCGACAAUGGCCAAGAAAGAGUCAGCGCUGAAGAAAUCAGGCGGCAAGCCCGACUUUGUGACGCCAGAGUAUAUCGCCGCGCAGCGAGCGAAGCGCGAGCAGGCAAAGCUGGAGAAAGCACGCAAGAAUAAAGAGCUGGGGAUCGUGCCGCAGGAGGAACAGGUUGCUGCUAAUACGUCGUUUAUUAAGAGGCCUAUGCUGGCUGUUAACGACGGACAUGCACUGGAUGCAGCAUCUGAGGGUGUGGAUGUGAAGAUCAUGACUUAUAAUGUCUUGGGUCAAGCGCUCAUUCGACGCAAGCUAUUUCCAACGAAUGGUGAUAUCCUGAAAUGGAAACUGCGGUCAAAAGUUCUACUCUCAGAACUCAAGUUCUACGACGCCGAUGUGAUGUGCAUGCAGGAGGUUGAUCUCGCGCAUCUCGAAGGAUUUUACUACCCCGAGCUGACAAAACUCGGCUUUGACUACCUCUUCCACCGCGGCGAGAGGAAGAAUCACGGCCUGCUGAUCUGCUGGAAGAAAGCGCUGUUCAGCCUGGUCAAGUCUGAAGUGGUCGACUAUGAUAAUGACUGUGGAUACGACGAUCGUGAAGCUGAGGGAGCCGUGGUCACGGAACCGCAGAUGCUUACACGGAAUAUCGCGUUGCUCGCUGCGUUGAAGUUUAAUUCGUCAGAGAAGGGGAUUGUGAUCGGUACUACUCAUCUCUUCUGGCACCCCCAUGGAACUCUGGAACGAACGCGACAAUGUGCAAUUUUUGUGCGAAACGCGAAAACGUUUGCAAACAACCUGGACGUCGCCAAAACAUGGCCAGUAUUUCUGGCAGGAGAUUUCAACAGUCUGCCGUUUGACGCGCCGUAUCUUUGUCUGACCAAAGCUAGUGCCGAGCGGGUUACCGAGCGAUCAAAGUACGUGAUUACAAACAGCGCGAUCCACGAGUACAAGAAGAAAGCGGUAGCGGAGGAGGCGGACGACGACGCCGAGGAUGAAGAGCAGGAAGACGUGCCGGAAGAGAGCGAGAACAAGCCUGCCGAGCCAGCGCCGGUUCAGGCACAGGCACCAGCUGCGCCGGUUAUGAUGGAGGAGUUUUUACCCGAAACGUCGCAUCCGCCUAUUCCGAUCCCGUCAGCCGAUUCGGCGGCCAGGAUAGCUGGGAUCGAGGACGUAUACAGGCUGCAUGACAAUAACGAGGUCCGUCUACGCAGCGUGUACGGAGAGUGCUACCGGUACGUGCACCCCGAGAACGCAAACAUCGAGUCGCGGAACGGGGAGCCUACGUUUUCGAACUGGGCACACACCUGGCGCGGUCUGCUGGAUUACAUAUUUGCGUUUGAUUUUCCCGAGCGGCGGAGAGAUGAUGUGCAGAUGCGUGCGGAAGAGGGGGAUGUGGUGCCGGGCGUGAAGGCGCUGGAGUUGCUGCGGCUGCCGUUGCCUGCGGAGAUGGGCGAGGAGCCGUGUGGGCAGCCGAGAGUUGGGCAGUAUCCUAGUGAUCAUCUGUGCUUGAUGGCAAAGUUACGGAUUUACUAGGCAUCCGCUCUGAUGGCAAAAAAUAGAUCUAUUAGGGAUCAGACAAAGAGAGUGUACAUAGAUACAAUAAACGUACUCAGUAUAUUAACAAAUGGGCAUCACAAAGGAAGGGACAUGUAUGGACUACUGACGGACUUAAAACAGAGAUUUAUCAUCAU